AUGGGCCAACACUCCGAUCCCGACUCCCCCCCUCGGAGGAGACCCUACAAGCGACCAGCUGAAGACGACCUGCAAGACGACCUGCCUCAGCCGUACAAUGCCAACUCCCUCCAAGCGCCUAAGCGACGCGCCAUAUCCCCAUCCGAGCAGCCCAGGAAGCAGAAGCGUCCUGGAGCGCGAGCCCGCUUCUCCGAAGCCGAGCGAGAGGCUAUCCGCCAGCGCCAGCUCGAACGCGAUCGUCAAGCCGCAGAGGCCGUCCAGGCCGCCGACGCGAGCAAAAUACGAGGCAUCAACGAUGUCGUCAGAGAGCACUACAACAGCGUGCCCCAGCGGGGACGCGACUGGCGCACCCGCGAGAGCAAGAUCAAGGGCCUGCGCGUCUUCAACAACUGGGUCAAGAGCUGCAUCAUCCAGCGCUACUCACCCGACGAGGACCACGAUCCGGGCUCGCGGGAGGCGGGACGCUCCAGCGGAAAAGAGCUUCUCGUUCUUGACAUCGGCUGUGGAAAGGGCGGCGACCUGAGCAAGUGGCAGCAGGCACCACAGCCUAUUCAACUCUACGUUGGCUUGGAUCCUGCCAAUGUUAGUAUCGAGCAGGCGAGAGAUCGAUAUCGCCAGAUGGGUACUCGCGGAGGCCGAGGCGGCCGUGGUGGACGAUUCAAUCAUAGACAACCGCCUCGUCUGUUUGAUGCGCGGUUCCACGUCAAGGAUUGCUACUCUGAGAGCAUCGAAGACGUCGAGAUUAUCCGCCAGGUCGGCUUCGACCCAUCCACGAUGAACCGCCGCGGCUUCGACGUCGUGAGCAUGAUGUUCUGCAUGCACUACGCUUUCGAAUCCGAAAACCAUGCCCGCACCAUGCUGCGCAAUGUCGCUGGCGCGCUGAAAAAGGGCGGCCGCUUCAUCGGCUGCAUCCCUAAUUCCGACGUGCUUGGCGAGCGCGUCCGCGUUUUCAACGCCCAGUUAGCUGCCAAGCGAAAAGCCAAGGAAGACGAAAAGAAGGAAAACGGCGAAGAGUCCACUACCCCAACAGCCACGCCACCUCCCGCAGAACCAGAGGACGGCGAGGUCGAAGAGGGCGAGGCCGAACCAACAGCUGAAUGGGGCAACUCAAUCUACCGUGUGCGUUUCCCGGGCAAGACCCCCGAAGACGGCGUCUUUCGCCCUGCAUUUGGCUGGAAGUACAACUUCUUCCUGGACGAGGCCGUCGAGGAAGUCCCCGAGUAUGUCGUCCCCUGGGAGGCCUUUCGCGCGCUGGCCGAAGAUUUCAACCUGGAACUGCAGUUCCACAAGUCCUUUUCGGAUAUUUGGGAGACGGAAAAGGAUGACCCUGAACUAGGACCCCUGAGCGAGAGGAUGGGCGUUCGUGAGAGAGGUGGUGGCAGACUGCUGGUCUCGGAUGAGGAGAUGGAGGCGGCUAGCUUUUAUAUCGGAUUCUGCUUUUACAAGGUGUAA